AGAGACAUCAAGGGUCAAUAUGAUGCUGGACCUGGGUCGCUCCACGGACAGUUGUCGGACAGACAGUCGAGACCUGCUGGAGGUGGUGCUAGAGAAGAAGGAGGAUGAACCGGCCAGGGCUGUGGAGGUCACGGGCCCCAGACUGACCAGUCUGCUUGCCAGGAACAACUUGGACCUCAGCAGAUCUGUCAAAGUGCCUCCUCCUUCUGCCCCCAGUUUCUGCAGACGAAGCCCAAACCUUUCUCGCCUUAGCUUGGCUAGUGAUCCACCAGACUCUGACCUUCUCAAGGCGCCAAGUCUGGACACGUUCACUCAUAGCCUCACUCUGAUCUCCCUGUCGUCACUGCUGCUCGCCGGGUUGGCUUUUUAUGUAAUGAACACCUUCAUUAAUAUGCAAGAACCUCCCCCAUCGACAGAGUCUGUCGGUUGUAGGAGGUCAUCGUCAGACUUCGGUUCGAAAGAGGCUUCCACCAAGGUAUCGGAGGCCGCAACUACCUCAAACAGCUCAUCGGAAGUGGUCGGUAAUGAUAGUCUGCUCAAAGCUGGGUUCGCUCUCAGCUCCAUGGUGUUAUCCUCCUGCCUGUGCUGUCUGAUGGUGUGCACAAUGCAGUGCUACUUCACAGCCAAGAUCCUCAAGACCUCAGAGGGCGAGGAGAG